AUUUCCCCACUACCCGCUCCUCUCCAUUCAAUCGCGGCAAAACCAAACCCCGUCUCAUAAUAUUUUCCCUCCCAUUUUCCCGGAAACCAAACAGAACUCAGACCAGCAAAAAUGAGAGAAAUUCUUCACAUCCAGGGCGGCCAAUGUGGGAACCAGAUUGGGGCCAAGUUCUGGGAAGUGAUCUGCGACGAGCACGGCAUAGACAGCACCGGGAGGUACAAUGGCGACUCUGAGCUCCAGCUAGAGCGAAUCAAUGUCUAUUACAACGAGGCCAGCGGCGGAAGGUUCGUUCCACGGGCGGUCCUUAUGGAUCUGGAGCCUGGGACCAUGGACUCGGUCCGAUCUGGCCCGUUUGGGCAGAUAUUCAGACCCGAUAACUUCGUCUUCGGGCAGUCUGGGGCUGGAAACAACUGGGCUAAGGGGCAUUAUACGGAGGGUGCCGAGCUUAUUGAUUCUGUGCUUGACGUGGUGCGCAAAGAGGCCGAGAACUGCGACUGCUUACAGGGAUUCCAAGUUUGUCAUUCUUUGGGUGGUGGCACUGGCUCUGGCAUGGGAACUCUUCUUAUUUCCAAGAUCAGGGAAGAGUACCCAGAUCGGAUGAUGAUGACAUUUUCUGUCUUCCCAUCUCCGAAGGUGUCGGAUACAGUUGUUGAGCCAUACAAUGCUACCCUUUCCGUGCAUCAGCUUGUCGAAAAUGCCGAUGAAUGUAUGGUUUUGGACAACGAGGCUCUGUAUGACAUCUGCUUCCGUACUCUCAAGCUUGCCACCCCUACUUUUGGUGACCUUAACCACCUCAUCUCUGCCACCAUGAGCGGUGUCACAUGUUGUCUUCGGUUUCCUGGACAGUUGAACUCUGACCUUAGGAAGCUUGCAGUUAACCUUAUCCCUUUCCCACGGCUGCACUUCUUUAUGGUUGGGUUUGCACCCCUAACUUCAAGAGGAUCGCAGCAGUACAGUGCUCUGACCGUGCCCGAAUUGACCCAGCAGAUGUGGGAUGCCAAAAACAUGAUGUGCGCAGCUGACCCACGCCAUGGACGUUACCUUACUGCUUCUGCCAUGUUCCGUGGUAAGAUGAGCACCAAAGAAGUUGAUGAACAGAUGAUUAACGUCCAGAACAAGAACUCCUCAUACUUUGUUGAGUGGAUUCCCAAUAAUGUAAAGUCCAGUGUGUGUGACAUCCCACCCAAGGGUCUGAAGAUGGCGUCCACUUUUAUGGGGAAUUCGACUUCUAUUCAGGAAAUGUUCAGGAGAGUUAGCGAGCAGUUCACAGCUAUGUUCAGGCGCAAGGCUUUCUUGCAUUGGUACACCGGCGAGGGAAUGGAUGAGAUGGAGUUCACCGAGGCCGAGAGUAACAUGAACGAUCUGGUGGCUGAGUACCAGCAAUACCAGGAUGCAACAGUGGAGGAGGAAGAGUACGAGGAGGAGGAAGAGGAGCUUGGUGCUUGAUGUAUCUUUGUAGUUUCUCAGUUUGUCUAAAAAUUGGUAUGUUGUUGGCUUACUUUGAAAGGGUGAUUGUCUGGUGCUCAGUCAAUUUAGAUUUGAUAUGAUGUAUGGAUUGUGGGGGGUGAGGGUCCUUGUAUAAGAGAUGGGUUUUUGGUAACAGCGCUUUUGUGUUGGAUUUUGUGUAGGGCAUAUAAUGUGAAGCUUAUAUUUCAA